CAGUCACCGGGUAUCGGGAGCAUCUGCGAACGCUCACCCGCAUCUUCUCAGUAUUCUAAUAACUUGGCUCUGACUCCCCAGAACAGCCACCUUUUCUUUCUUUUCUGAUCUCUCAUUUGUUCCGGAUCUGUUGCAAGCCAACACUGGAGGACUAACUCGACCUCCGUACCCCUUGUCGCGACGCUGAUUCAAGAAGAGCGCAUCCGAGCCGAUUGUUGACAUUCCCAUCCCUUACCUGACCGCACCUGCUCUACGCACCUUUCGGCGUCCCCUGUCGCAAUUAUGGUCGCCGACGCUCUUGUCUAUCACCCCGCGGUGACCCACUAUCUCAGAUACGUUGCGACUACAGUUGGUCGUGAUAAGGUGCUCCGUACCAUCCAAUACUUUAGCAGAUUUUACGCCUGGUACCUCUACCGCACCAAUAACCCUACGAGUACCAUCCAGCCAUGGGUUGUCCUCAAGAAUCAAUUCGGGCUUACGAGAAAGAUUUUGCGUAUUGGAAAAUUUGUUGAGCACAUCCGAGCUGGUGCAGAAAUAUACGAUGCUGCCAUCAAGUCGAGCAACGGCGACAAAAUCACGCAAUACCUGCAAAUCUUACGACAGAUAGGUUAUGCAGGGUACUUGACCUUCGAUACGAUGACGGUUUUGGACGCCAUGGGUGUCAGGAAAGACCCCAAAGCGAAGAGCGCCCAGGCUACCGCUUAUCGAUUCUGGUUGACUGGUCUGGUUGCCAGCGCUUUGGCUGGCAUCUACAAUACCUACAAGUUGAGGCAGAGAGUGCAGACUGUGGAUGAGAAAGACGCCGAAGAUAAAGUUGAGAAAGUGAAGAUCGCAAAACAACAACGAGCCGUCAACAUCCAACUCAUCUCUGAUCUCUGUGACCUCACAGUUCCCAGCACCGCGCUUGGAUAUACCACCUUUGACGAGGGCAUCAUUGGUCUGGCUGGGACAACGAGCAGUUUGCUUGGAGUAUACGGAGCCUGGCAAAAGACGGCUUGAUUGACAUGAUGCAAGCGAAGCUCUUACACAUCUGUUCGAUCCCUCCCAACCUGGACUAUGAUGCAUUGUCAUGGUGUACAGGCCUGGCUGGGCAGAUCGAACGCAGGGACGGGUUGUUUGGAUGGAGCGGUUGACCGGUUUGAAGCGCGAUGAUGUAGGUGGGUGCGAACACGUAGGGCUGUUUGCUGUUGAGAUCAGAGUUGGAAUGAUGAUCUGGUCACCUUUAGCGAUCCCCCGCUUUUUCCCACCCAGCA